CUGACUAUCUAAUCACAAAAAUUAUAAUUAAUUAAUUAUUAAUAAUUAAAAACAUAAAUUGCUAAAAAUAAAAAAAUGAAAAAAAAUUUAAUUAUCUUGGUCUUUACUUGUGCAAUUUUAAUUUCUUUAACUGAAUGCUAGAAAUAGCUAAGAUAAGGAAAGAUGUAACAUUCUAAUGAAGUUGGAUAAUCUUUAGCUAAUAGUCCUGAAGUAAGUGAUAAUGAACCUUUCUAAGAAUUUGCUUAAAAACAAAUAAAAAUGUUUCGUAUACUAUUCACUGAAGAUAUGAAAUCUUGCUUUUAGCAAUGCACUGAUUAAUUUAACAAUGUUUACUUUCUUUACAAUUAUGGUUACUACGGUUGUUGCCAAUUUGAUUUAGGUUCCGAAAUGAUGGGAGGCAAAUACUAACCAAUAAAUUGUGGUUUAUAAACUAUUUACUGCUGA